GCAACUGAUAGCUGAUUUGUCUUCAUCUCUUAUUAGGGUCCAGCCGGUUUAAUGGCGGCCGCGUCUUUGGCACGUUAUGGCAUCCACAAUGUCCGGAUCAUUGACAAGCGAGGCACUAAGGUCUUUACGGGUCAAGCCGAUGGACUCAACCCACGAUCCUUAGAGGUCUUUCAAGCACUUGGAAUGGGCGCUCGUUUGUUUGAAGAGGUUAAUCAGCUAGGCGAGAUCUGCUUCUGGAAUCCCGACUCUGAGGGAAAAAUUGGUCGGACUGCCCGAAUCCCUGAUACCAUUCCAGGUAUCUCGCCAUAUCAACAAUCAGUUGUACACCAAGGGAGAAUCGAGCGCAUGUUCCUGGACAAAAUUUCAGAAUGGUCAACACCCUCGUCUUCCGACAAGUCAGAAGGCACAGAUCUUGUCGCUGCCCUCCCUCGCAUGAAAGUAGAGAGAGCUGUUUGUCCCGAAAUGCUCACUUUACCACCCUUGACAGCCUCGGCAUUGUCUGAUUCUCCGGAGGAACGCAUCGUCGUCCGACUUCGUCACCUCACUCAAGAAGAAGCCCAACCUGCACAGUUUUCACCUAUGGCUGCAGAUGGAAUCUUCCGUUCCAACAUGUUUCAAGAUGACGCGUUGGAUGUAAAUCCAGUCGGAUUUCCCAGUGAAGAGGUUAUUGAAGAAGUCCGGUGCCGAUUUGUGAUAGGCGCCGAUGGGGCUAGGAGUUGGACUCGGCAAGCCAUCGGGUAUGAGUUGGUCGGCGAGAGUGACGACUUUUUCUGGGGUGUUUUGGAUGGGGUUCCGAUCACAAACUUUCCUGAUAUCAGGAUGCGAUGCGCAAUUCAUUCGGCUCAAAGUGGUUCAGUCAUGAUCAUACCCCGAGAGCAGGACAUGGUUCGGCUUUAUAUCCAGAUACCUCAACCUAAAAAGGGCACCAGACCCAAUCGUGCGGAUGUCACCCCCGAUAGAUUAAUGAAGGCAGCCCAAUCAAUCUUGGCGCCUUACACGAUUGAUAUCCCGAAGAUCGAAUGGUACACUUGCUAUGAAAUUGGGCAACGGUUGGCCAACCAUUGGGUGUGGAACGAUCGCGUCUUCAUUGCCGGUGAUGCAUGUCAUACUCACUCCCCCAAAGCCGGCCAAGGAAUGAACAUCUCAAUGGCGGACACAUUCAACUUGACUUGGAAGCUAGCGCAUGUCCUUCAAAAAACGGCCCACCCUAGCAUUCUGAAAACCUAUGAAAUAGAGAGAAGCCAAGUCGCAAACGAAUUGAUAGAAUUUGACCAAAAGUUUGCUCGGCUGUUUUCAGGAAAACCAGCAAAAGACGUACUCGACGAAUCGGGCAUCUCUAUGGAAGAAUUCCAAAGAACAGUCCAGAGAGGGAAUAUAUUCUCCAGUGGCACUUCGGUUGACUACCCUUCCAGCUCACUAGUAUCGAAGAAUGAAAGACGGCAAAUCGCAAAUGAACUCGCCAGCAAGCUUCCCAUCGGCCCUCGUCUUUAUAGUCACCAAGUAGUCGGGGUGGCUGAUGCUAAGCCGUACAUGUUAGGGGAUCUGGCUUGCGCGGAUGGCCGGUGGAAAAUUUUGCUCUUCGGCGGAGAUGUAAAGAAAUAUUCUGGCUGCAGGCUUCGUUUGGAAAAGCUCUGCGGGUUCUUGGCUAACGACCCGGCCAGCCCUAUCAUGAAGUACACCCCCAAGGAUGCCAACUUGGAUUCAGUUUUCAACUUCCUCACCAUCUUGGCUUCACCACGCGUUCAACUAGAGUGUGAAGAUUUUCACGACAUCCUUCGGCCAAAGCUGGGCAAGAACGGUUUCCAGACUUACAAAAAGAUAUUCUCCGAUGACGAAAGCUACCACCGAGGACACGGAAAGAUAUACGAGAAUUAUGGAAUCGACCCCAAAGUCGGAUGUAUGGUGGUGGUUCGGCCGGAUCAAUAUGUCUCGCUGGUGACGGAAAUAGAGGAUCACAAUGGACUAGCUUCUUUUUUCGAUUCUUUUAUGCUGCCUGCUGGGAACUCUUCAUCUAGCUUUCAAGCUCCAGUCUCGCAAAGUACGAUGUAAGGCUAACUUGCUCAAUUUAAUCGAUCGUUCGCCUUUUUCUUCAAACAUCGAACCUCUCUGAGUUCACCUAAUUUGUUAGUGUAAGGAUUAGUAUAGUUUUUGAACCUCUCAAUUCCUCAGUGUAAUGUACUGUACCAGUCUAGAUGUAGAAGUAAACUUUGAAGUAAUGUUUAAGUAUGUAAAACACCCUCAAUAACUUGAUGAGUAUCAUUGUUGGCAAGGGGCGCAGAGAUACCAAGUUCUCUGCCUAU